AUGUCGCCAAACCGCCGUCGUUCCUCUCCAGCCGCUGCGACAAACACCGACAAAAUGGCGUCUGUGCCGUCACCCACAACCUCCUCAGGUGGAUCUAGCGCCACCUACGCCCAGCAAGCGCGCAUGCGUCACGGAGCCGCGUGCCCGCCCACAGAGCCUGCAAGGGGGCCGGGUCCUUCCAGUAGCUCAUGGAGAGACUCUGAAAUCAGGGUCUUCCUGAUGGAGUGGGAAGGUGUUGAACAGCAAGUUGGCCACCCAGCCAAGAUGGUGCACAAGAAGAUCAGUGCUCUGUGCCAGCGCCUUUCUCAGUGGGGCCUGAAGAAGAGCUGGACAAGUUGCUUCUACUUGUUGCUGAGCAUGCAGGAUCUGCACAGGAUUCUUUGUACUGAGAGGCCAAGGGUGGAGCCCCUGUUUUCUCCCUAUAAGGAGGCCCUAUACAGAAUCCUGGGCCCCCAUGUCCAGGAAAGCCCUGUCCCAGGUCCUCUUUGUGAUGGGUCUGGUGACCCCCGUCACUCCACGUACUGUCAAACGCCAUGGAACCAGCCUUGGGACUAUGGUGUCACUGUUCCUAGUGCAGAGCUUCAAGGGAACCCAGUGCCUAUGAUGUCCGAGGAGGAUUCCCUGUUUUCCAGAUGGGAUCCCUGGAACCCUGACUCCCCGGAUCAAUUCCACAAGUCUGAAUGGAAACAACUCAAAAGUCUCACUAGCACAAAGUCAGUCAAGGAGGAAAACCCCAAAAACCCAAGCCCCCAAAGCCAGGGAACAGAGGACCUGAAGCCUAAGCUAAAGUCAGAGGUUGAGACACAAGAAAACCAAGGUGAAUAUUUGAGAAACAUCACCACGGAAUCCCAAGUGGGAUGGAGUGAGAAGAAUGCAAGACAAAGACCCUCAGGUCCUUCCAGUAGCUCAUGGACAGACUAUGAGAUCAGGAUCUUCCUGAUGGAGUGGGAAGGUGUUGAACAGCAAGUUGGCCACCCAGGCAAGAAGGUGCACAAGAAGACCAGAGCUCUGUGCCAGCGCCUCUCUCAGUGGGGCCUGAAGAAGAGCUGGACGAGUUGCUUCUACUUGUUGCUGAGCCUGCACGAUCUGCACAGGAUUCUUUGUACUGAGAGACCAAGGGUGCAGCCCCUGUUUUCUCCCUAUAGGGAGGCCCUGUACAGAAUCCUGGGCCCCCAUGUUCAGGAAAGCCCUGUCCCAGGUCCUCUUUGUGAUGGGUCUGGUGACCCCCAACUCUCCAUGUAUUGUCAUCCUUCCUGGAACCAGCCUUGGGACUAUGGUGUCCCUGUUCCUCGUGCAGAGCUUCAAGGGAACCCAGUGCCUAUGAUGUCCAAGGAGGAUUCCCUGUUUUCCAGAUGGAAGCCCUGGAACCCCGACUACCAUCUUUCAGCUCCACACCUGCAUCCUGCCUCUGUGCCAGGAGAUUCAAGCUUCCAGCAGCCCUGGUCCACUGCAGAAUAACAGCACCCAGACACUCACUGAAGUCUGUGCUGUUUUUUAAAGUGUAUUUCCUGAAAAAAACCCAGAAUC